UAAGGGCUGCCUCCGGACGGCGGUGGCCGGCUUUGGGGAAGAGGGGACUGGGACCACCGGACCCCACCUAUGCCACCAGUUCAAACUGGAGAAGGAGAAUAAUGGCAUCGAAUAGAAGACCUUGGAUGUCAAGAAGUGAAUUGGAAGAGGUCCUUGAAGAAAUGGAUGACAGGAGAAGACACUGGAAAGAGAAUAUGUUUGCUCCUUGUUUUAGUGCUCACGAUGUUCUAAGUGAGACUUUAGAGCCUGAAUCUUCUCCUGAACAAAUGACUUUGCAUAAGAGCAAGAGAAUAGAAGGAAUUUAUAAUUUGUCUCGUAGAAAGUUUCAAGAAGAGAAUAAAUUUAAGAGGAAAGAAUUUAUUUACCAACCAAAUGAAAAAGAACAAGAACCAAAUUUGAGAGAAAGAAAGAUGAACAUUUCAAAGAAUGAAGCAGAUGCAAACUCUACCUCCUGUGAAUCAUCUAAUUUAGAUGUUGGAACUGAAGAAAGCUUUAAUAGCUCAGAAGACCAUUGCAUCUGGAAUACAAAGGAAUCACCAAUUCCAUGGCGACAAGAAAAGAAGAAAAAAUAUACUGAAGGGACGUCUCCAAAACUUAGCCUGAAUAUUUUGAAUGAAGAACUGGAAGAACUUAAUAUGAAAUGCAAAAAAAUAGAAGAGGAAUAUGAAAAUGCUGAAAAAGAACUUUUGAACGCCAAAAAGGAAGUCUCUGCAAAAUCCCUAAAUUUUCAAGAAACUUGGAAGAAACACUGGGAACUUCAAGCUUUAAGAAAUGACCUAUCUGAAAAAGCAAUAAAUGUCAAAAACUUAACUGAAGAGCUCCAGCAAGCCAAAGAAGUCAUCCACAAGUUGAGCCUAGAGAACAGAGAUUUAAAAGAAGCUGUGAAGAAGUUAAAGCAUCAGACUGAGGUUGGAAAUGCACUCGUAAAAGAAGAAAUAAAAUCGUAUUAUGAAUUAGAAAUGGAAAAGAUCCGUGGAGAGCUUGAUGCUAUCAAGGAUGAACUGAGAGCUGAGAAGACCCUGCAAGCAAGAAAUAACAGGGCCCUGGAGUUGCUUAGAAAACACUUUUCUACUGUAACAUCAUCAAGUACCCUUCACAGCUUUACAGGGGAUUUUUUUUAA